CUGGUAUGUGCUUUAUAAGACAAGUGCUAACGCUGAUUUUGGAGGAUCAGACGCGCAAUGCAUGAGAUACACAGUGCAGGAGGUACACCCGGGCGAACAAAAAGUGACCUUCAGAGUACGCUCACUGCCAAAUACCGAAAGAACUGAAACAGUCAUAUAUUAUUCACGACCAGGCGAGCGGUACCGAACAAUUAUGGAAACGUUCAAUGGAAAUGAAACGGUGCCAAAGCGAGACCAAGUGCUCUUCUCGGACUGCAGAAACUGCAAACUUGUGGCUUCACUUUCAACUGAAAAUCGCACGGAGUGCGUCCUGUACUCGCCAGCAAGCGCCCUGUCCAGACCCAUACUGCAUUGUCAUUUCCUCUACGACCUUUUCUGCGGCACGGCCGGAAAGCUCAACGUGUCUGACCAGACGUGCCUGAGGGCGUCCUCUGAACAUCCUGCUCCAAGUGCCGUCAUCGCUGCAAGCCUGCUCAUUUUCGCGGCAUAUCUAUCCUAGAUAUGCGUGCUGUAGUGAAGACACGUGAUAUGCUAAACUUAGUUUUAAGGGGUUUGCAUUCUAAGGGUACUUCAAGCACUUUCCUGCGGCUUUGUAUCUAUCUGUGCAUGUAGGCUUGUGUCUAUGUUGGUAUCUAACUGUUUUCCCGCCUACCGUGGUCAAUGGUAUUCAUCGAAUGUGGAUCGGGCUGCUGGGCUGAUGUAACAGGGUUCGAAAGCAGCCAUCCAACUAACUUGGAUCACAGACUAUGUGGCACUGUUUACAUACGCACAGCUCUUCAACGAUCCUCUAUCACGCCGAUAUCAGACACUGUAGGCGCGCGACUGGGUAGGUACCGCUGUUCGGAGAAACGCUUUGACGCCGACUUGGAGUACAGAGUCCGUGCCACUCCGUCUGUGCUGGUCUCCAAUGAACAUCUUUGGUGCAAACUUGGGUUACUCAGUAUGUGCCAUUGGGAAUGUGCCGCUCUACAAUGACGAAAAAAAAUCUCUUAAAUUUAUUCGAUGCUGAGCGGAAUCGAACCCACCUCAAAAGAGUUCCUCAAGGACAGCAACCCAAUGCGACAGCAGGCUGCGCCAUAAAUAUGCCACAUUUCAAUGAACGCCUUUCGGGCCAACAUUUUAGUGAGCUGUGCCAUGAAUUCGUUCGGUAUGUACCGCUCUUCAAGGAGCCUAUCGCCAACUUGGGUCACUGAGUAUGAGCCGCUGAAUGUGCGGCAAGCAAGGUAACAAAUCUCAGCGUUCACAUUCACCGGCGCGCCAUGCAUUUCGGAGGCCACGCGCAGGCUUCGCGGUGGCGGUGCUAGAUGGCGCCGAGUGGUCAUAGGGAAGAGCAAAAGAGGAGUACCACUUCAGUACACACCACAUACAUAACAUAUUCCGACGGUGGCAGUAACUUGUGUCGCAAUAUUGAUAUAAUGUUCCCGCAUUUUCUAUAACGCAUGUUUCCUGAACAUCCGCAUGUUCGCCGAUGACUGCGUUGUGUACCACACGGUUACUAACACAUCCGAUCAGCUAGCUCUCCAAAACGACCGUACCUGUGUACAAGACUGGUGCAGCAAAUGGCUCAUGGAACUAAACCCUCCAACAUGCAAAGACAUGUCAUUUCACCGCAAACGCAACACUCCUUUUCUUCCCUUACUUAAUCUCUGGCCUAACUUAGAUUUAACCAGUUCUUACGAAUACCUGGGCGUAACCUUAUGCGAAGACCUAAUCUGGAAUGCGCAUAUGACUACAGAAUCGAGUGACUAGAAUAAUUCAUUCGUGCUAUUCAUAUAAUGCCAUCAUCAUCAUCAUCAUGGACGAAGGCCUCUGCCUGGGAUCUCCAAUUACCCCUGUCUUGCGCUAGCUGAUUCCAACUUGCGCCUAGAAAUUUCCUAACUUCAACACCACACCUAGUUUUCUGCCGUCCUUGACUGCGCUUCCAUUUUUUUGGUAUCCAUUCUGUAACUCCUAUGGUCCACCGGUUAUUCAUCCUGCGCAUUACAUGGCCGGCCCAGGUCCAUUUUUCCUCUUAAUGUCAACUAGAAUAUCGGCUAUCCCCGUUUGCUCUCUGACACACACCGUUCUCUUCCUGUCUCUUAACGUUAGGCCUAACAUUUUUCGUUCCAUCGCUCUUUGUGAGGUACUUAACUUGUUCUCGAGAUUCUUUGUUAACGUCCAAGUUUCUGCCCCAUAUCUUAGCACUGGUAGAAUGCAAUGACUGUACACUUUUCUUUUCAAGCACAGUGGUCAGCUCCCAGUGAGGAUUUGGUAAUGUCUGCCGUAUGCACUCCAACCCAAUUUUAUUCUUCUGUAAAUUUCCUUCUCAUGAUCAGUGUCCCCUGUGAGUAUCUUGACCUAUAUAAACAUACUCCUUUACAGACUCUAGAAGCUGACUGGCGAUCCCCAGAGUCUAGAGUCUGCAAAGCCAGCAUAUCAUGUUUAAAAGCGAAGUCGGUAUAAAAAGUCUUGCUUGUCGUCGUCGAAUCACCAGUAUGUGCUCUUUCCGUAAGUGUUUACAGCGGAGCUGUAUAUGGCUAGGUGAAAACAAAAUAUGUCCGUCCGAUGUGUGCAUGUGCAUAGAUGUGGGCCGAUUCUGGUGAUGUGCAGAAAGGGGCCAAGCGUAAUGGCACUUACCCUGUGGACUCCGGAUGAUGGGCUCCGGGACCUACAACGCGCCCUUGAACUACCCUUUUCACACGUAAAAGAGAAAGAGAGGCGCACCAUUGGCUGCGCCGUCAGCGACGUCGUUCUUUCCGUCGCAGCCGAGUGGGCGUGCAGCAGUUUCUCUCCGAAUUCGAUAUGGGUAGGCCCCGCAUCGUACGAACUCUCGAACAGCAGGCCGCUUACGAAGAACAUCGCCAACAGCAGCACCGUGAGAGAGCGCGUGUUUGCCGCGCCGAUGCUAUAGUCGAGGCACAAGAACAGGCCCGCUUGACCGAAGCGCAAGCAGAAACUGCGUUCCGAAGAUCCCGGAGCCUACCAAGCGGUCGUUUAUUGAACCGUCGGGAUUAACCCAGUGAUAAACACCACGGUCGCACGUUUCAGCGCGGCUGGUUAGGCAUCUGUACGGAGUGCUUGGGCGGUGAUUUUUUUUUUUCAGCUCACUUCAUAUUCCGCCCUGCAUCAGCCAUCCAGCAGUCAUUUAACGCCGCAUUGGUGAUCCCCUGCAAGUUUCCUGUCCAUGUGCUCAUACUAUGUUUGCUUCACCAUUCUUUCCUCGCUCAGCCAUAGACUGGAAUGACCUUCCACAUGAGGUCAUCACAACCAUCUGUCCAUCUACAUUUUCACAUUUAUAUAACUGUUAUAUUUAACCAAGAAUUUCUUUUUUGUAUAUGCGCAACACGGAAGAAGAAUGGAGCUCUGCCAUCCAGAGCUAAAUACUUUCACACAAACUUGGGCUGUCCUGAGAGCCCAUGGUGAGGCGGUUAGGCUCGGCCUACCCGUCGCCACGCGGGAGCAGCUCGCAGUUCUUCCCAAGGGCAGGGCUUCUCAUGACCUUGUCAAUAAAG